AGCUUAGAAGGGCCCAGGGAGGCCUGGUGCUCUGGGGAGGGGGGGAUCCCUCAGCGUCCCUAGGGAACAGCUACUGCUGCCAACUCCUAGGUGUGCGUGAAGGUACACUUGGCUGAACUUUCCUAACCGGGGAGACUGGUGACUGUGACCUACGAUACCUUUAGGAGUAAAGCAAAUGAACUCCAGAUGCAGGCUUGUAUGAAAUGAAAACGGAUUGGAUUAAAACAUAUAUAAAUGGAGUCUGACAACUUUAAUUGUAUAUGCUUGUUUUCUGCUCUUGCCUACGUAAAAACGGUAAAGCGGACUCAGAGCCGUUACGAAAUUUACUCAAAUUUCUCGCUUAACUAGGAAGAAGACUAUGUGAAAUAUGUAUUUCCGAUAAGAUUAAACUUAAAGGAGUUUGAGUAUUUAUUGACUAAAAUAGAUUACUCCAAAGUGUCUAUUGUGUAAAUUAGAUUCCUGAAUGUAAUGAACACAGCCGAAUGGCAUUUUUGAUAAAUUGGUCUACCCUGUUUUAGUAAAAAUAGCUCCCUUUUACCAUAAUUUAAUUUCUGUGCUUACUGUAAAACCCGUUGUGGAGUUUUAAGAGACAAACCUUAAUUUUUUCUUUUCUUGCCUUACUAAAUGUGACAUCCUAGCGUAAUAUCAAUGAAGUUUCUUUUUUAAGCAUCCUGGCCAAAGUGCCUGGGAAAUAGAUUUGGUGUCUAGAAAGUUAUUGGAUUUUGGGAACUCUCUGGACCUGUUCCCUAACCCCCCCGCUGUGACUACCUACAUCAUCUGGGACCAUGGGGACAGUUAACUGUGUGGCUGUAGGGCUAGAGAGAAAGCUGCCCUGUCCGUGGGCUUGAAUGAACUUUAAUAUGUUGAUUAAAAAAAAAAAAAACCCUUUAUCUGAGCAUGGUUCUCUUUCUUGAGCAUCCGGUGCCUUUUGGUGGUGGAUAAUAAUUUGGCCAUCUUAGAUGUUUGCGGCUUUGUCGCAUGUUUGAAAACUUCACUUGAAUGUGGAAUGCCAAAGUGGAAGUACAAGCUUAAGCUGGUUCUUUCUCUGGGCCCUGAAGAGGCCUUUUGAAUUAUCUGGUUUAGGGUCAUCUCUUUUUGCACCGAUGGUAAGUGAGCCAAAUGAGACAGCAGUUUGAGAGAGAAUUCCGUAAUUUCAGGCUCUCCUCGUCUUUCCAGACCCUUACACUGAGAUUGGGUUUCCUGCAGAGCCCAUUGUGGGUUUUGGCAUUGCCACCUGAGGGUAAAGAGCUUGGGUCUUAGUUCUCUGCGAGCCGAGUGGAUCCGGGGGGGAUGCUGCCAUCCCGCUCCUCCCUGAGGACUCAGUGAGCCAGGGCUGUGCCCUUGUCCCUCUGCUUGGUCUGUCUUGAAGGCUGCCGUGUGACGUGGGGUGAGUGCCCAGGAAGAGACUUUCUGAAGAUUGAGCCUUAUUUCAUUUCCUUUUUAGUCCUGAAGCCUUGUGAUAUAGAAGUUUCGGUGCGUUGGUGCUGCUGAGGCUAAUUGGACAAGUUUUUAUCCUUUCUCCGACUUGUAAAAAACCAGGCUUUUGUAUUUUUUUUUUUUAAUUAGAAAAACACCAUUGUAUAAAUAUACCUUUUAAAUACAAACGCGCGUUUGAAAAGAGGACACUUUCUGAAAAGAAGCUCAUGUAACUCUGCAUGUUAGCGCCACUUUGAACUUUUUUGGGCUGGGGCCUGCCGUUGACUGCCUUCCCUUUUGGACUUUGCUCCUCCAUGGGUUCCAGGGCUCCCAUUCAUGUUCUUAGGAGCCUUUACAGACCAAAACUUUAAAUGUUUUUCUCUUUUUCAAAAUAAAAACAGAAAUUCCAUUUUGUGGAAAAACUACUUUCUGGUUGCUUUUAUUUUCUUUUCACCUGUUCUGGAAGUGUGUAUGUUGCCAGCCCUCCAGGACUGUUCUCCAUAAGAAUUACAUUAUUUUAAAUAAAAUACGUAUCCCAACUAGUAUCCUUUAUUAAACACCAAACCCAGAAACCAAACCCACUGCCAUCGAGUUGAUUCCGACUCAUAGCAACCCUGUAUGACAGAGUAGAACUGCCCCACAGAGUUUCCAAGGAGCGCCUGGCGGGUUCGAAUUGCCGACCCUUUGGUUAGCAGCUGUAGCGCUUAACCACUAUACCACCAGGGUUUCCUUAUAAAACACAGUAAUGAGUAAAUAAAUUGAGGGCUUCUACACUGCUGGUUAUUUUUUUCUUUUGGGUUCUUUUAAUAUUGAUGUCUUUAAGAUUGGAUGUGUGAAGGGGUCGUGAUCAGUCGAUGGAAGUUUUUUCCUGUGUGAAGCUGUGUGGGUUUUUUUUUAACUAGGUGCAAGUCAGUGAAGGGAUGGAGUUAUGCAGCAACUCCUGAUACAGUUGGGUCCACAGAGACCCCUUCUCCUGCAUCCUCACUUUCACAUCACUCAUAUUGGUGAUUAGCUACGUGAGGAAGUUGAAAAGGGAAGGGACAUACUGCCAAUCCCCUCAGGAAUUAUCCUUGCCCUUAUCCACUGGGGUACCUUUAAAAAUGCUGCCUGGUGAGCUGAUUGAGCCCAGGACUUUUAAAGGCAGUUUAAAGAGUCCUGCCCCGCUGCCAUGGAGUUAAAACAGACCCACUAGGGUUGGUGCUGGAGCCCUGAGGAAACAAUCGUUUAGGUUCUUGUGCUCCCCCUCUGGGCCUACCUGUAGCAGCUAACAGUCAAAACCGCUCCUGAGGCUGUGCUCGCAUUCUUAGAAGAGAAAACCUGGCCAGAAGUUGAAAACCUAUAUCCGUUUCAGUUCAUUUAUAAAGCCCAAGGAACAUCGUGGUGAAAUGAAGGAAGGACAAACGUGGAGGGAAAAACUUGGACAUUUUAAAAAAGUUCAUCGUAUGAAAAAUCCUACAGAGCUAGGCUAAAAUUCCUACCUGUGUUUUUGUUUAAUGUAGUUCACAUAUUUGACCCCAUGUAAUGGAAUCCAAGGAGCCCUGGUGGCACAGUGGUUAAAGCGCUUGGCUGCUAAGCAAAAAGGUCAGCGGUUUGAACCCACCAGCCGCUUCGCGGGGGGAAGGAUGUGGCAGUCUGCUUCUGUAAAGAUUUACAGCCUUGGAAACCCUAUGGGGCAGCUCUACUCUGUCCUCUAGGGUCGCGUUGAGUCGGAAUCCGCUGGAUGGCAGUGGGGUUGGGUUUUGGUUAAUGGAAUGUAACACAAAUGCUACAUUAAAGCUACUGUAAAGGACACUAAUAUACAGCAUCAUAAAUUAAUUUAGAAAUUAUUUAAAAGCCUACUUAAAAUUAUUUGAUGUAUAAUGUUUUAAAAUAUAAUUGGUUUUUCCCUGGAAGAGUCUGAUUUUUACAAUUGUCAGGAUACAGAUAUCUGUCUAGUCUUACUGUUUUUUUGAAGCUAUGCAUUAUGGCUUGAGAGAGUUUUGAUUUCAGUGGAAAAUUUCGCUGCCUCCGACUGUUUAAACCAGACCCUUAAUCUUAUUUUAACAUAUUUAAAAUGUUCAGAAAACCCAGAAGAAUUGUUUUGUGUAAGUAGCAAGUGAAUGUAGUUUCAACACUCAAGCAAUUCAAGUGUCUAAUUGGAAACAGGUGGAAUUCUUGGAAUCCUGGAUUGGAGCCUUUUUAUAGCAAACCAUAAGGAGCCCUGGUGCCGCAGUGAUUAAGCGCUCAGCUGCUAGCUAAAAGGUCGGCAGUUCAAACCCACCAGCCGCCCUGUGGGAGAAAGAUGUGGCAGUCAGCUUCCUUAAAGAUUUACAGUCCUGGAAUCCCUAUGGGGCAGUUCUGCUCUGUCUUACAGGGUCACUAGGAGUUGAAAUAGACACAACAGCAAGGGACGCCUUUCACUUAAGGCCAUUCGUUUGAUUGAAGCUAUUUGAAGAGGAGCCCUGCAGCCUCCCACUAUGCCCCACUGCUGUUUACCUGGCUGUUCCAGUCAUGCCCUCUCAGAAACUGGGUGCCCGAAUACCCAAGAGAAAGGUGCGUGCGAAGAUCACGGCAUAAUUAGACAAGCUGUUCGAUAUCUGUGUUAUGUAACUUUUAUAACAAAGAAGCUGUGAAUUCAUUUGUGACUUUUGAUUUAAUAAACAUUUAUUGACCUGAGUAUUGGGGUACAUUUUGUUACAUCCUAAUACUGAUUUAGAAUUCAGAAAGAAAUCACUUUGCUUAAAUGUUCUCCAUUUAGAGAUACAAGCUUAAAUAGUAACCAAAAAAAUUAACUCGGUUAGGGGGAUAUUUAUAAAGAUGCUAAUGGUGGGGCCUUCUGAAUUCCUUUUCCCAUUCUAGUUGUCAGGCUGUGUUCCUGAAAACCAGAGGACAGCCCUGAUUUUGCUGCGUAGUUAAAAACCGAGUUUUGGUUUGUGUGUAGAUACGACUGCGAGUGUGUUGGAUUUUACUUAAGAUGACAACUGAGACUUUGCUGCGGUGUUGGCCCUGUCCUGGCUUUGGCUUUGCUGAGCUGUAACCCAUUCCUCUUUUCACCUGUAUUCUGAGAAAGUUGUUAGAGGGUAGCAGUCUUUGGCUGGAAAGGAAGAGCCCCUGCGGAAGCUGACAGCCGGGGCUUGAGCGCAAACCUGGGGUGCUGCUUCCAUUUGCUCCGUCCCUCAAGGAGCUUUGAAACACCUGGGCUAAUGCAUCUGGGUGGUGACUUAAAGAUUUUUUAAAGUGCUUGUGCUACUCUGUUCCCAAAACAUGACACAAUUAAAAUACCUAAUGAGGGCAAACAACCCUUCCUGAAAGACAUCUAAUUUGUUGCACCAACUUUUCCUUUAAAAAGUAAACAACUCUAAUAAAAAUAAUUUUAGUCCUUAACUGUAAUUAUAGGAUAAUGUUAGUCACAUAUGUUGUACACAAAAUAAAUGCUUGUUAAUUUCUUAAUUUUAAUCUGAUGUCUUUACGCCCUUUUAUGUUUCUGAGAGCCCUGGGCUGGGGGCAGCCCGGGAAGCUCCUGUGGCCAGACGGUUGCCAGCCUCCCCACACUGGAUUGGCAUGGAUUCUACCCACAGGAGUCUGCCUACUCAGAGGAAGCUGCCCUUUCUUCCCCUAGGUUGUUCCCACUGAACACAAUCAGACAGUUGACUAGAAAGGAGCUGGGUUGGGAGUAUUCCUCCCCAGGACUUAUCUAACAUUGCAGAGCAACUGAGAAAAUAGCCAGGUAGGAGAUUCACCUGAAAUGAAACUGACCAGAUUCUGCUUCCUUUCAUUGAAGCAUUUGUGAAAAUAAGUCGGGAUAGCGACAAAAUGGCCCACACUUUAAUAAAACAAGAGGCUAUGGGAGUAGACGGGCCCGCUGGGUGUUGCACAUGGCAGACGCUCCGUCAGUUGACAGUUGAAAUCCUGGAUGCUUCUGAUCGUUUGUGAUUUAUGAAGUUAAUGUAGGAGGAAAUUACCAGAGCUUACUCCAAAACUCCAGGGAAGUAGCUUGUUCUUCCUUAGUAUUACUCUUAAGUAUAGCGGCAUGGAGCCUGCUUUCUAUUAGGCUGUGUAAGCAGAUGCAGUUAACAUUUUUCAAAAAAAUUUUUAUAUGGUUGUGAGGUGUUCCGAGCUUGGUUAGGAGAAAAAGAAAUUGACAAGUUAGCUCUUAAGUUGAACAUUGCAAACUUGUGAGAAAUAGAAUGUCAUUCUUACUGUCAUUAAAAAUUUAUUUGGGUGUUGACAGCCUUUUGCUAAAUGUAAGACAUUCAGAUCCUGUCCACCAGGUUUUAUUAAAAGAAAAAAAAAAAAUUCAAAAGCUGCUUCUCCCCUCAGUAAAUUGUUAAUGUUUUGGCUUCUAACAUAGCUUUAUGUUUUUAAGCCCAAAAGAAAUAUUAACUCAUUUUAAGUGCACCAUUGUUUUGUUGUUAUUUUGGACCUGUGAAGUUCAUUUCCUGUUGUUUGGGUGGGAUAAAUUACUAUUUAAAUAAAAACAUUUUGAUAAAAGCCCAUUGCUCUUGAGUUGAUCCCAACUCCCAGCAGCCCCAUAGGACAGAGUAGAACUGCUCCAUCUGGUUUCCAAGGAGCGCCUGGUGGAUUCGAACUGCUGACCUUUUAGUUAGCAGCCGCAGCUCUUAACCAUUACGCCACCAGGGUUUCCAAGUUUGAUAGAAGCGAGUAAAUUUAUACCGAAGAUAAAUUGUCUUGAGGAGCCUGAAGCUCCGAACAUCAGCGGAGCCUGUGGGCUGUGGGUAAAUGAAGGCCGCAAUGGAGAUGCCCUCAGCACGGGCAGUGCCAGCCCGCAGCACUUGAUGCCACCACUGCCUGUCAUUUCUUGCCCUUCUCUGUGGUGUUCCUGCCCUGCCGAGCCUGUUCCCCCUCCUUUGUUGUGACGACUGUUUUUUUUUUUUAAUAAGUAUUUAUGGCACCCCAUUACUUUGAAAUUCUGGAAGAAAGAUACUAUGUAAAUGAAAAUUAAAAAUAAAAUUUUUGCUGGAGGGAAUGGUACAUGUAAUUUUUAUGAUGAGGUUUGGAAAAGAUUUUUUUUCCCUGUCCCUGAAAAUAGGAACAUUCUGUUGCUCUUAUCGCCAUUUUUGCAUCCUUCUGAAAGGUACGUCCGAUGAGACAUGUCUUUUCUGCUUUUCACCAUGGCACUUGACCCAGAAUCUGCACCCAUGAAGUUCUGGGUACAGUCAAUUAUUUCUGUCUCACAUUGUUCUGCUCUGCCCUAACUGAGAGUGUAGCUAGCAACUGCCCAGAGAACAGAAACUCUUGAAAAAGAGCCGGUUUUUAGUCACCAGCAUACAGAAGUCACAAUUAAAAUUAUGAGUAGACCUGUAAGUCAAAUUUCCUCCUUCCUUCCUAUUCAUGCAGCAGAGAUGUUGUAAGCUGUACCAUCUGAAACGGAAAAUUGUGAGCACAGGAGCUUUCAUUUAAACCAGCGUAGAAACAUGAAUUUACUCAAAUUGCUUCAUUUCAGCCGUAUCUCGGCUCCAUGCUUAUGCAGUAAUAUGUGCUGGACCAGCAUUCAGCCAAGUGGGAGACAGGUUCAAGCUUGGAGUCAUGUUUCUGCCUGGUAGGCAUGUGUGGGACCGAGGAGCCAGACAGGAAGCUGAGGCUGCUGCAAGUCACCCCUUGGAGGUGAUGUCUGCCAUGGACCUCCAGUCACGGUCAAGUGUGGAGGACCAGGGAGGUGUCAGCGGCCGCUUAGAGAGCAGUGCUCCUUAAAUCAGAAAGACACCAUGUGGGCAUGUCCCAGAGGGAAUUCUCAGUCAUCACCCGGGCCCAGCCCUUAGCCCUGGUACCACAACUUGUCAGCAUUGAUGUGGGGUUGGGAGAGGAAGGAUAUUGCCAGUUAUGGCUGAGUGUCAUUGUCUGGAGAGCAAGAAGUGGUUUGCGAUUGUUUUAUGUUGUUCCGCAUUGGUAUAUAAUUAUGCUGUCAUUUUAAAAUGCAGCGAUACUUUAAGGAAAUCUGUAAUGUGUGUGUAUGUAGUUAGUUUUGGGAGCUGCUUAUUGUCUGUGAGAGCCACGUCUUUCUAUUACACAAUAGCUGAGUGUGUAGUAUUUACUUGUUUCAAAAUUGUCCAUUCGAAACAGGUCACAAUCCAUUAUAGACAUGGCUGCCAGAUUGAUCUUCCUAAACCAUUGAUUUCGUCACGUCGUACCUCUCCCUCAUUACCCAUCGUGGCUCACUUUGGCGCAGAAUAGAGGCCAUACUCAUCAAGCUGGCAGGCAGAGUUUCUGAUGGUUGUCUCUACCUUAUCCAAACCCUCCGCUGCAGCAGGAAGGACCUCAGACUCUUGCUCAUUUUGGGAAACUCCCUCAUGGGCCCUUCUGCGUAUCUGAGUAUCAAGUCCUAUUUCAUGUGUUCCUUCUUUCCUUGGUUUAACAACCGCCAGCAGAGCCCCUGUGCAUGAGGCACUGGAGAUGCGUAGGAUAGUAGUGGUCCCACCUGGCGGAGCGGACGUCCUUCCAUGCAGAGUGGCUGGAGCCGUGGGACUAGGCUCUGAGGACACGAGGUGGGGGAGGGCUGCAGAGGAAGAGUGGGAGUGGGCAGGGGAAGCCCCCUGGAGGGGAGGUAAAGCUUGAGUUGAGCUCUGUUUGCUUGGGGAAGAACGGGGGAAAGGGCUUUCUAGGAGAACAAUUGUGGGGCAACCUUGGGGGCUGCUGUGAGGCCUCCCCUGAGCUCCUUCCUUCAGUGACUCCGACUGACCCCAGUGUGGUGUUUCUCAGUGUCCGGCUGUCCUGCCACUCAGGCUUCUGCUCGCCAGCUUACAUUGUUAGGUGCCCUCGGCUGCUCUGCUGUAGUGCCCACUGCAGUCCUUGGCACCCAGUGAGUGACUGCUGCUUGAGAGGACCAGGGGCCUCUUUUAAGGGGCAUUCCUGUAUGCUAAGAUUGAGGAUUCGUUCAGCUGGUUAACUUAAGAACGUGAACUUAGUUCUUUUUCAUAUGGUGAAAAGGUAAGUAGGUAGGCUAUAUUAAAAUGGCCAGGUUUUGAAAGCUCCUGACAGAUACACUGAUAGAAUAUUUAUAGACUCGUUGGUAUGUGUUUCUUUUUUAUUUCCAUUUAUUCUUCUCUUUGCAAAAUGGCAUAUAUAUUGGUUAAAAUAUACAUGAUUGUAUUUGUGGCACAUGAAAUAUAAAAAAAUUCUCAUUUUCCAAAAGUAGAAUUGGGCAGAACAACUCUUUGACAGAGAUUUAUUCUUUGGCUCUGCUCACAGCCCGAGUCGGAGGAAGCGCUUCACCAUAUGAACAGGGAAAGCGUGUAUUGUAAUGGUCAGAAUCAAGCGAAAGUGUCAAGAAGCAGAGGUUUUGGUGUCAGCACUGAAGAAAUGUCUCCCGGGUGUUCAGCCCCCCAUGACUUUCCCAUGCGUCUGGCGGGCAUAUGGGCAAAGGUGUGACCCUGCCCCAAGGCGUGCCCUUGCCCCAGGCAAACCCUGUUUUGAGCAGUGGCUUUCACAGCCUACGUGCUUGCUCUGCUUCUUCAUGUAAUCAAAGUACCUCGGAUAUUUUUGUUGAGGUGAUGUCACUGUCUCUCAGCAUAAGCAUUUGCACGGAUUUGGGGAAGUGAGGACAGCCAAGACUUCACCAAGGGGGACUGAGAGGAGCCAGAGACAGCCACGUCCUGUGCAGUGGCUGGGGGUCUGUCGCCUACAGGAACGAGGAGUAGGGGGGAAGAGGGUGUGUUCUUUUUGGGAUGUCGGUUUUGGGGGACUGGUGAGAACUCCAGGGGACAGCCUGGGGAAAGGAGGGUUGGUGCUGAAGACUGGAAGAAGCUGGUUGCAACUUGGAGUUUGAAGCCUGUGGAGGAUUUUGGUUGAGUUUUGGUUGGUGCUUAAGAGUUUAACGUCAUUUGAGGUGAGGAGGAGUGAAAAAUUAAUUUUAACCGGGGUCCGUCCCCACUUACCUUCCCUACUUCUGGAGCUAGGACUACUGUGAGUGGAGGGAAAGAAAGCAUUGCCCCUAGUAUUCAAGUCUGCAUGUCUACGUAUUGUACCCGGCUUUGUGCCCACCUUAACAAGCCGGGAGCGUUUUUUUUAAACAACACUAAGAGCUGCCAUUUCUGAAGUGUUAACCACAAGCAGGCGUGGAUUUAAGUUCUUGAUUUAUUCCAUUUUAUCUACACAACAACCCUACGGAGGCAAUAGGGACUCCACCUUGUACGUGAGAAGCUGGAGUCUAGUCUUUGCUUUUCCUGCUGACUCCGGUUAAUCCCUAGACCAUCUGAGUUGAAGCAGUGAGGAUAUAGGGGGGGACUCAGAGGAACUCCUGCCUCUGGGCCACAGUGAGCUUGGAAGUGAGCAGCUGGUGACGGAAAUAAACUCUGGGGUAGAUGUGAAGGUUCCUGGGUCAACUGGUAGGUUAACACCUUCUGGCCGAAGCCUUGCUGGAUAGAGAAUUUUUAGAGUUUUGUAGAUGGAGCCUCUCCCUGGCCUGACAUUGAAGAAUCAGCUCAGUGAUAAAGCUUCAGAGAGAGUUAUAAUAGAUAGAAUCACUGUUGCCCAUGUUCCCCGUCCUAGGAUAAUUCAUAUUCGCAAACUCGAUCUGAUAGUUGGGGUGCAAAUAUGGCGUCAGGCUGAAAGUAGCCCUUCUCAUCACAUUACCUGCUGGUCUCACCUACCCCUUCCUUUAUACAGCAAGCUUGUUGGAAAAGUUUUGGGGAAAUGUUAAGCACGAAAGAGACCUGUUAGUGGAACCUGGACGUCUUGGAGGAGGAAGGCCAGGCACCAUCCGGCCCACAGUCUGGGGUGGGGAUGACAAUUCUUCUGACCGAGACUUGCCUUUGAGACGCUGGCGCCUUUGAGACGCUGGCGGCUCUGAGACACAGGGACUGGGGAGUGAUUUGCUGCUAAAUACUCAUGUCUCCAUUUAAAUCCACGAUGACCAAGACAAAAUCCCCACUCUCAAGAUUCCUGGCAGUCUUGUUGGUUUAGUCACUGCCAUGAUAUUGUACUCAAAUUUAUGGAAAUCAGGAGAAGUUGUCAGGAAAGCAGCGAUUAAACAAGACUUUGUUCUCAGUUAUGCAAAGGCAGGAUCGGGGUGGAUGUCAGUAAGAGACCGAUUUUUAUAAGAGCUCUGCAUUUGGGCAUCAAUCUUGAGAGAAGAGGCCUUGUCAGAAUGACACUCCUUAGACCUUAUUUUUCUCAAGGAAUUAUUGAAAAAACCAAGCUUUUAGGCUGCUAUGGGUUCUGAUGACUUCUUUUGCAUGUUCGAUUUUUUGUGAUGAUGAGGACUGUUUUCUUACAAAAUUUAAAAAGAAAAUAUGCAGAAAUGUGCACUGGUUUUGGGAUAAUACAGCAUUUUGAGUGAAGUUGGUUAGUUUUGUUUUUAGAGCUACUCAUUGUUUUCAUAGACUGUUAGGGCCAUUCAUUCAUUCAUUCCUUAACGGAACGUAUCUUUGUGACACCAGAUCUUGGGACCAGAUCCUUCUCAAGCGUCUGUGGUCCCGAGAGGAAUAAGGCCCAGGCCCUGGUAGUCAGAGAACUGUGGGGUGAACAGUGCCUUGAGGCAUCAGGCUGCAAGGGACUGAGUAUGUCUGAUGUCUGGAGUUGCAGGUCAAGGGUCUGGAAAGAUGGCCUUGGGGCGCCUGCUUGGUGGAUAGACUUAUUAGUCAGUUACUCAGAAUUUAUUGAGUAUCUCCUAAUGACCAAAACAGCAGAAAAUCUCUGCCCUCAAGGAACUUGCACACUAGUUGGGGAGACAGAAAAUAAACAUAACCAAUAAGUAAUUUACAUAGGGCAAGUGUCAUGUGCUGUGGGAAAAAACAGCGGACUUGUAAAGCCCGAGUGGGUUUUUUAUUGUAUCCUGAAGGCCCUGAGAAAUGACUGCUUUUUAGAUUUUUAAAUUCAGAUUUGUGUUUUAGAGGAUGGUCCUGGAAGCUCCAUAUGAAAGGCAGACCAGAGUGAGGAGGGCCUGGUGAUAAAGAAUUGAGCAAGGAGGAUGUUGAGGUCAUAAUCUAGGUGACAGAACCAGAAAAGAUGUUAAAGAUGUUGAGAUGUUAAUUCGCUCUGCCAGACAGGGACUGAAGUCAGUGGAAGUGAAGAAGAGGAAGGUAUCUUGGCCCUGGCAUUGCUGGUGAGGCUGAUGAUGGGUGAGUGGUGGCCACAUCAGAGGUGGGGCUGGUGAGCAGCAGGCAUGGGAGCGGAGAAGACCCACUUAGACCUGCCACCUGUGGGGCUGAGGUGGCGCUGGUUACCCUAGGUGGAAGCUGUGGGCGUGGGGGAGGCGGCAGCAGAGGAAGCUGAGGCUGGGAAAAGCAGCCAAGGAGGGAAUAGCGGGAGCAGUGCACGCAGGGAGCUGUCGUCUGUCGAGUGAAGCCACGUACCCAACAGUCGACGUCACCGGCUUCUGCGUGUCCAGAAGUGGACCUUGCACAGCCGUCUGUCUGUGUGGGCCCCACAGGUUAUUAAAAACAGGUGGGCUGGGGGAGCUGCUCUUCAGUGUUGGAUGUGACUUACAUGUGCAUGGGGUUUCUUUAUUCAUCCCUAUUUGCUUUUUGUCGGUAAUCCUUUGUAAUUCCCCAGUUUCAUGAUGUAAUUUUAAUGGAAUUAAACUUGAACACUUCAAAAUUAUGUAAUUAAUUACAUUCGGCUUCAAUUACAAUGACUAAUUAUAGAGUGAUACCUGGUGGCAAGUCAGUUACAUGCCAGUGGGGGGAUUUGUGUCUGCUGGCUAUUUAGGGAAGCCCGUUUUGUUUGGAAUCUGAGGGACCGCACCUAGGGGUGAGGCCAGCUGCCUCUGGUCUGCUCAGAGUGUCUCCGUGUCCCUGCCUCACCCAGGGUGCUCCGUGGGACAUGACAAGGUGGGAGACCUGCUCCAGCGCAGACCUCUCUUUCAAGGACUCUGGCGGUGUUGGGGGGAACGAGUGAGGGCCAGAGUGUGCGGGAAAGGUUGUUUUAGGUCCUGUUAGGUUUGGCGUGGCUAGAGGGAAGCUGAGAGCGUUGUUGUGUGAUUUUUCUAUUUUCCCUGGGAAAUAGAGGAUGCAUUGAUGUGAAUGUGAGGGGUUCAAGGUUGGAAAAGAUGGCUUACGGAGAGAGGAAGAAGUCUGCAAGAACCACCUUGGGGCGUUGUGAAAGGGAAGGAUGAAAGUCAGGUUAAAAAAAUGUGACCGUGCAGUGUUAUUUCCAAGGGGUGAAUGCACAGGGCCUCUGAGGCCAGUAAACCUAUGUCCCUAAAACGGAGCUUUGUGUUUGAGUACUUCCCGGAAAGUCCACUUCCUUUUUGGAAACAGUGGUUGUUUUACUUUGCGUUAGGAGGAGGAGGGUCUUCUUGCUAAGAAAUCUUCACGUGGAGUGACUGUGAUUGCUAAAGCUUGGCAUACCUGCGUUUCCCUCUCGAUAGGAGAAAUGGAGCCCCGUUGGAGAAUGAGAUGCGCAGCGUUAGCGAGAAGCGCUGGGCCUUUGGGUCCUGUUCUUGCACAGCUGCCUGCCUGCCUUUCCUGCCAUUAAGUUACUUGUACAGGGACAUUCCUGAAACGGACUUUGCACUGUGGCGCCCAGGUGUGGCUCCCAGUGUCCAAGGUUCUGUUUUUGAGGUACCUAUGUGAAUUUACUUGAGAGGCUUAGGGCAUCUUUUCAAAAGGCUAAUUCUUAAAUGUUGCAAACUAAACUAUGUUCUUAAUGCGGUCAUCUGAGUUUUCUAGUACGUUUGCUGUGCUGCACUGGCAGAGGAACUGCUUGUUUCAGAAGCUCUGAUGGAGGGGAUACUUCGGUUAGGUCCCACUAAACAGACCAAAAAAAAGAAAGCCUAAAAGUUUAUUAUAGAGGUAUAAAAGUGACGUGGGGGCAGCGUCUGACUUCCUCUAACUUCACAAGGGGGAAGGAGAAUCAAGAUCAACGGCCCAAGGCUGAUUCCUGUGAGGCGGAGGUCAGACAUGCCUCCCCUCUCUGCCAUCUUUAAGAAUUCAACACCAACCAUUCCUCCCACGGCGCUCUCAGCUUCUCUGUUGGGUUCAGUAAUUCUUUGCAAUGGCCACACAGCACUCACAGAUAAUACUCAAGAUUAUGGGGUUUAUUAGAGAAGUAACAGGUUGAGGGACGCUCAGGAUACAGUCCUCCCAUCAGAACAGCCUCUUCUCGGCAGUCCCCGUGGGCACGCCUCUCUCUGGUCCCUCGGCCUCUGCCCUGCUGGGGUAGCUUUGCGGAUAAGUGUUCUGAGGCACCCCUCUUCACUGGUAAGCCUCCGCCCAGUGGCGCUUAGCUCUAUCUCUGUGGGUCAGCAAACCUAGCUCCACCGUGUACCUGGAGACACCGUACUCUGCCAGCAAACCUCCUGCCUGAAGGAGGCUCCCUCGAUCCUUGGGCUGGGAAGCCCACCACGCCAUCUCCUGCAGUCUCCUGCUAGUCUCCUGGUUCUGCUGCCUCUGCUGCUGCUUCUCCCGUCUUGGUGUCUUUGGUGUUAUACCUCUCCCUGUCUCCUGGGUCUCGGAGGGUCUCAGUGCAGAGAUCCCCAGUCUGAAUGAUGUGCUCCAUUCCUGGCUCUUCUUUCUUGGUGGUGGUGAGAUCCUCUCCUGCCUCUGGGAUGGUUUGUUUUAAGCCUAGCGGGAUGGGAAAACUGAUCAGUCUCUGUGGUGGGUCACAAUUGCCUCAUUUGCACGGUUCCACCCAAUCACUUGGGUGGGAAUUACAAGACCAUGGUGAGAAAGGCUACACAAAAGUGUUCCAUUGUGCCACAAGAGGUUUCUGUUUUUUUAAGGGAGAGUGGGAUUUGAAAACAUUUGGAUGAUACAACUAGUUCAGUUUUUCUUUAUCCCCCAAGAUGGUGCAGAGUACUUUUAGAGGAAAAAAAAAUGUUUUUUUCUCUUUAACAUUCUGCACAUUUUCUUGGUGCAGAGAGAGCCUCCUUUGACGCAAUGCCCCAAUACUUCCUUUUUUAUUUUUAUUUUUUAAUAAAAAUUCACAAAACAUAAAAUUAACCUUUUUAAGGUAUACAGUUAACUCAGUGAUUUUUAGUAUAUUCACAAUGCUGUGUAACUGUCACCAGUACGUAAUUCCAGAACAUUUCCACCCCCCCCCCCCGAAAAGAAGCCCUGUGUCCGUUAGCAAUCAUUCCUCUUCCCACCGUAUGUAGCCAUUUCUGUCUCUAUGGGUUUACCUUUCUUGGCACAUUUAAUGUAAAUGGAGUCAUAUAAUACGUAGCAUUUUGUGUCUGACUUCUUUCACUUAGCACCAUAUUUUCAAGGUUCAUUCAUGCUGUAGCAUGUAUCAGUACUUCAUUCCUUUUUAUGGUUGAAUAAUAGCCCAUUAUUUGGAUCUGCCACUUUCCGUUUAUCCAGUCAUUUGUUGACUGACAUUUGGGGUCUUUUUUAUCUUUUGACUAUCGUGAAUAAUGCUGUUAUGUGCAUUCCUGUACAAGUUAUGUGUAGACUGUGUUGUCUGUUCUCUUGGGUGUAUACCUAGUAGUGGAAUUGCUGGGUCAAAUGGUAGCUCCAUGUUUAACUUUUUGAGUUUGUUACUUUUUCACCCUUGGUGUGUAAGUACUGUUUGUUCUCCAGAGAGCUCAUCUUAAUGCCUCAUUCACGGUUCCAUUUUAUGAAAACCAUUCUGCCCUGGUCUCUCUCCUGGAUCCUCCUCAGUUUUCCAUGUGGUGUGUUGAACCACUUUGGAACUAUUUUUCUAAAGAACAGUACAAAUGGAUUUUGUGGAAAUGGCGUGGAGCAGUUUAGGAUGAGAGCAGACACCUUUGAUGGUCCACCCAAUCUUUCCCCGCUCCCCGCCUUCCAUCCUUGCUUACCACUAGGGACCUCUGUCACACCUGGGAACGAACCUUGGAGCUUGUCUAGUCAGCGGCUGGUUUAGGUAUGGUGGGCAUUUGGCUUGGCCAGUGAGGUGGGAUGUCAGGUAGAGUUGCUUCUGAGAAGGAGCUUCUCUGAUAAAAGAUGAGCCAGGACAAAUGGCCCCUUUUUAUCUUUGGACAUGGCUAUAUGAGAAGAGGAAACCCUGGUGGCGUAGUGGUUAAGUGCUACAGCUGUUAACCAAAGGGUCAGCAGUUUGAAUCUGCCAGGCGCUCCUUGGAAACUCUCUGGGGCAGUUCUACUCUGUCCUAUCGGAUCGCUGUGAGUCGGAAUCGACUCAAUGGCACUGGAUUUUUUUUUUUUUUUAACACGAGAAGAGGCUGCCAAGAGCUGCCCCUGCCGUCUUAGAUCCUUAGGGGAGGAGCCCAAGACAAAGUGAAACCACCAGAGUGGUAGAGUAGGAAGAUGGAAGGAACCUGGGCCUUGAUGACUCUGACCUGCUGAGUGAAUCAACCCUGCCUCUGUUGCCCCAGCAUCCUGUCACAGGAGAAUAAAAUUUCCUCAUCCUUUUAAGUUGGAUCUUCUAUUACUUGCAGCUGGGGAGAGCAUUAUGAAACAAUAUCACAGUUCAAAUUCAGAUCAUAGUAAGUUUGUCUUGACUGCUUCGGCUUGAUGUGGAAUUAAGAGUAAUAUUUUUGGUACUGGAUAGAGUUGAGAGUGUGAAAAGAAAAUGUGUGCUCUAAGCUCUCAUUUCUCUUGACAAGCAGGAUUCCAUUUGCCAAGCCGGAUGUCCCUCAGUACUUUAAAUCCAGCCAAUAAAACAUUAAGCAAUUAGAGUGGUUAAUAUUCAGUUAAGUAGAAUUAGAACCUGGUGUAAAUCGUGAAUGAAAUUGAUGGGUCCCAUAAGUUACAGCAGAGUAUCAAAUCUUUAUUAGUUGUAUGUGUUUGUGUCUGCAUGUGGGUCUGUCAAGUCCUGUAGGUACAGCACCUUACCUCCUUGUGGAAUAGAAAUGAAGGGCCAUUGUUAACUCAAACCAAAACCCAAAACAAACAAACCCGUUGCCAUUGAGUCCAUUCCGACUCAUAGUGACCCUAUAGGACACAGUAGAACUGCCCCAGAGUUUCCAAGGAGCGCCUGGUGGAUUUGAACAGCUGACCUCUUGGUUAGCAGCUGUAGUAGCACUUAACCACUAUGCAACCAGGGCUUCCAUUGUUAGCUCACUAUAAUUUUGAAAAAUUGGAACCACUUGUUAUUGUUUUACUAUGCUAAAGAUGUUAAAAUCCUCAAGUUAAAUGGUAAGGGUUUUAACACCCCCAUUUCUACACCAUAUUUCUGCUUGUCUGCAGGAUGUGUGUGCUCGUGCUGCGCCUCCCGCCGGGUGAAUUGAGUUAGUCUGUCCUCAGUUCGUGGCACAUCUAGAUUAAUUUUUUUCUACUCCACUCCCAUCUCAUUCCCCUCCUCUCCUCAAUCUGUGUGUUUAAUAUCGAUAUAUCAUACAUUCUUGUAAAAUAAGUGUUUUGUGUGUGUAAGUAGUUUUAAGUUAUAAAUACGCUAUUGUGCUCUCUUUCCUUCUUUUUUACCCUUCAUUGUUUUUGAGAUCUGUCUGUGUUGCUCCCUAUGAAUGUGAUUUGUCACUCCUGAUAGCUGCAUUGGAUUCCAUCUUAAGAAUCCACCCUAGCUCACAGAUCCAUUUCCGUGGUGAGCCCCCUUGGUAGUCGGUGACACCUCAGUACCACAAGCAGCACCGAGGUGGACAUCCUUAUACAUGUCUUUCGAUGAAUGUCUGGGCAUGGGAUUGCUGGGUCAUGUGGUGAACGUGUCCUUAAUGUCACUAAGUGCUGCUAGAUUGCUUUCCAGAGUAGCUGCACCACUUCACAGGCAUUCCCCAGGUUACGAACAGUUACGAACCAACCUCCCGUAAAGCCUAUUAUAUUAAAAACUUGAGGUACAUACAAUGGUUCAUAAUAACAAAUAAGUGCUGCUUUGCGACAAGCAUCAAAACAUUAUUAUUAUUACUAUAUUAUUAUGUUAAAGAUGUUUUAGUGUAUCUGGAAGUGUUUCAGUGUUUUUUACGCUUGGAAACGUAUACGAUAUACUAAGACAAACAUUUGACUAAGUGAUGUUAGGUAUGAACCUAACUGUUCCAACUUAAGCGUACAGAUUCGACUUAAGGACAGAUUAGGAACAAACGUGGUUUGUAACGCGGGGACCGCGUUGUACCCUUCAGCCAGGAGUGCACGAGGGUUUCCUUUCCUCACGUUCUUAGCAGCACUUUGUAGGUAUAUAUUUUUUGCCAUUCUGAUGGUUUUAAAGUGAUGUUUCAGUAUGGUAUAAUUUUUCUCCAGUGGCCAGUAAGGUUUAUCCUUGUUAUAAACCUCAUUUUAUACUUGUUAGCCUUUCAGAUUUCCCUUUUUGUAAAUUGACUGGUUAUAUAUUUUGUCCUUUUUUUAAAAAAUGGGUUUAUUGCCGUUUAUUUGCAAGAGUUUGUUGUAUGUUUUACAUGUUAAUCUUUUGUGGGUUUUAGCUGUUGCACAUGUCUUUUCUUGGUCUCUGACUUUUGUUGAUCCGUCUGUGGUGCCCUUCAAUAAAUAGAAAAAAUGAGAACAUUUUCAUGAAGUCAAAUCUAUCCGUUUUUACCCUCCUGUUCUCUGUUACUGUAAUCCUGUUUGAGAAAUCUUUCCCUGCUCAAGAUCACAAAGAUAUUCACAUUUCUGUAGCUGUAUAAAUUUGUCUUUCCCAUUUAGAUCUUUAAAUUAGGUUGGGGUUGAUAUUUUUUUUUGUGUCGUGAAUGAGGUAUCAGAUUCACUAGAAGUAUCUGGUAAAUAGUCCACCCCCCCACCCCCUGAUUGGAGAAUUUGCCCUGAGCGUAUUCCAAGUCCCGGUAUACGUGUGGAUAUGUUUCUGGGGUCACUCUUCUGCUCCUCUGGUCUUGUACUGGUGCCCUACUGUUUUAAUUACUAUGGCUGUAUACCAUGUCUUCAUUUCUGAUUGAGUGAAUUUGUGUUCUUUUUCAAAAUGUUUUAGCUAUUUAAAGUCCAUCAGCCUUUCAUAUACAUUUCUGUUAAGUUCCCCCUAAAUUCUCUUGGGGUUUUUGUUGGAUUUGCACUUAAAUACAUAGAUUAAUUUGCAGAGAAUUAGUAACUAAAUUGUCCCAUCCUUGCAUAAGGAUGUUUUUCUGUUUAUUUAAAUCUUCUUUCUCUAUAAAGGUUUUGUGCAUUCUUUGUUAGAUUAAGCCCUAGGUCUUCACAGCUUUUUGUACUUAAUGUGAACGGUAUCUUUUUAUGUCUAGUUGAUUAUUGCUGGCAUAAAGGAAAACAACUGGUUUUUUGCUUAUUGAUUUUGAAACUGGCAAGCUUGCUGAAUCGUUUAUUAGUUUUACUAGUUCACUUGAUUCUGUCGUAUUUUCUCUGGAGAGGAUCAUAUCAUAUGCAAAAAAAUGACAGUUUGUCCUUUUCCUUUUAAUCCUUGUACUGUAGCAAUUUAUUCUGAUGCCUAGAACCUUGAGGACUUUGUUGCAUAGUAGUGGUUGGUGAUAGUGGCUUUCGUUUUCUUUCCUGGUCUUAAAGGGGAUGUGCAUAAAGGAGAUUAAAAAAAAAUUUUUUUUGUUGUUGUAGUUGCGAAUAUACACAGCAGAACCAAUUCAACAAUUUCUACACGUACAGUUCAGUGACUUUGAUUAUGUUCUUCUGAUUAUGUUCUUCGAGUUGUGCAAACAUUUCUCACCAUCCUUUGUUCCUCCGCCAUUAACAUAAACUCACUGCCCCCUAAGUUUCCUAUCUGAUGUUUCAAGUUGCUGUGGUCAGUUUGAUCCCAUAGAGAUAGAUCUUAAAAGAGCAUAUUGCUUAAGGCAGACAUUAUUUACUAGUUAAGCUAAACUAUUUGGUUUUAAGAAGACUUCAGGGGAUAUUUUUGGUUUAAGGUUUUAAAGAUUAUCUCAGGGCAGUAGUUUCAGUGGUUCAUCCAUCCUCUGUUGUAGUUGGGUGCCAUUAAGUCGGUUCUGACUCGUAGCAACCCUGUGCACAACAGAAUGAAACACUGCCCCGACCUGUGCCAUCCUUACAAUUGGUGUUAGGCUCGAGCUCAUUGUUGCAGCCACUGUGUCAGUCCACUUCGUUGAGGGUCUUCCUCAUCCAUCCUCUGUGGCUUCAGAAAGUCUGGAUUCCGUGAGAAUUUGAAAUGCUCUUGUGCAUUUCCCCCCUUUUGAUCAGGAUUCUACUAUAGACUCUUUGAUCAAAACAUUCAGUAACGGUAGCUGGAUACCAUCCAAUUCUUCUUUUCUCAUAGCAAAGGAGGCAAUUAGCCACACAUUCCAUUUCAUCCUCCUAUUCCUGACUCUCCUUCCUCUGUUGCUUCAGGCAAAUAGAGACCAAGUAUUAUACCUUUAAUGGCCUUGUAAGCUUGUAAGGCCCCAGGCACUACACAAGAACUAGAGGGUAGAACUAAAUGAGAGGUUUGGUAGAAGCUUUAAUCAGAUUUUGGUAGUUCCCCCUUUUCCCUAAUUUUCUGAAAGUUUUCAUCAUAAAUAGGUGUUGACCCUUAGACCAUGAUUGUGGUCAAUUACAUUGAUGUUCUGUUGUUGAGUCCUCCAUUGUGUUCCUGGGAUAAAAUCUUCAUUUUGUAUUUUAAACUUAUUGUUGGCUUUGCUUUACAGUUUUGAGGUCUAUGUUAUUAAAUGAAAUUGGCCUAUAAUUUUCUUACCUUUAUUCAGUUGGAAUCAGAACUGUAUCUCGUAAAAUGGGUUAAAUCUAUUUUUAAAUUAUUUGCAUAAGAUGAGGUUUAUCUGUGCCUUAAAUUUGAUAGAGCUCACCUGUAAAACCAUCUGGGCCUGAGACUAGAGCAUGAGCUGGCAGGGGGCAGGAGAGGUUAGGGGGUGUUGUUCACUUUCUUUGUUAGUGAUCAAUUCAAGUUUUCUAUUCUUGUAACAAUGUUGGCUUUUCAUAAUUUAGUAUAAAAGUACUGAUUUUAUCUAGGUUUUACAUUUUAUUAUGUAGGAUUAUUCAUAAUAUUUUAAUUAUUUUUUGAAUCUGUUUUAGCCCUAUUUCUCAUUUUCUCUCCAUAUUCUGGUUUUAUUUACAACUUUUUUUUUUAAAAUAAUUUUUAUUGUGCUUUAAGUGAAAGUGUACAAAUCAAGUCAGUCUGUCACGUAUAAGCUUAUAUACACCUUACUCCAUACUCCCACUUACUCUCCCCCUAAUGAGUCAGCCCGCUCCCUCCUUCCAGUCUCUCCUUUCAUGACCGUUUUGCCAGUUUCUAACCCUCUCUACCCUCCCGUCUCCCCUCCAGACAGGAGAUGCCAACACAGUCUCAAGUGUCCACCUGAUACAAGUAGCUCACUCUUUGUUAGCAUCUCUCUCCAACCCAUUGUCCGGUCCCUUCCAUGUCUGAUGAGUUGUCUUCGGGAAUGGUUCCUGUCCUGGGCCAACAGAAGGUUUGGGGACCAUGACUGCCGGGAUUCUUCUAGUCUCAGUCAGACCAUUAAGUCUGGUCUUUUUAUGAGAAUUUGGGGUCUGCAUCCCACUGUUGUCCUGCUCCCUCAGGGGUCCUCUGUUGUGCUCCUUGUGAGGGUGUUCAUCAGUUGUGGCCAGGCACCAUCUAGUUCUUCUGGUCUCAGGAUGAUGUCAGUCUCUGGUUCAUGUGGCCCUUUCUGUUUCUUGGGCUCAUAGUUAUCAUGUGACCUUGGUGUUCUUUAUUCUCCUUUGAUCCAGGUGGGGUGAGAUCAUAUUUACAACUUUUUAUUUUCAGCCUUGCAUAGAGUUUUCUCUAUCUUAUUAAUCUUUAAAAAUAACCAGCUUUUGGUUUUGUUAAUCUUUUUUUUUGCCUUUGUUUUUUGUCUAUGUCACUGAUUUCUCAUCAUUAUCUCACUCUUGUUUCUUUGCGUAAGGAGCCCUGGUUACGCAGUGGUUAAAGCGCUCAGCUGCCAACUAAAAGGUCAGCGGUUUGAACCUACUGGUGCUGUCUGAGAGAAAGAUGUGGCGGUCUGUUUCCAUGAAGAUUUACAGCCUUGGGAACCUUAUGGGGUGGCUCAACUCUGUCCUAUAGGGUCUCUGUGAGUCGGAAUGGACUCGACGGUAGUAGGUUUUGUUUCUUUGAGUUCACUCUCCUAUGUAUUUAUUUUUUUUUUAAAUGAUUAGCUUCCUUAUUUGAAUUCUUUCUCAUUUUCUGAUUAAUGUAUUCAAAGCCAUAAAAUCUUCUCUUAAGUAUUGCUUUAGCUGUGUUCUACGAAUUUUGACGUGUAGUGUUUUCAUUUUUAUUCAGCUGUAGUAGUUUGUAAUUUCCUCUUUAACUCAAGGGCUAUUUAGUAGUACGUAUUUUCGAGGGCUCUGACCCUACCAGCUGCACUGUAAAAGGGGCAGGGUGGGAAAACCUCACCUUUAUCACUAACUGCUUAUCAAGGAGCAGCAUGAAUCCAGUUCCGAGCUAUAUCUUUGCUAAUUUUCUAACUAUAACUUUGACAGUUGUUAUGUUAAGACUAUAUUGUUAAGUGCAUAUAUGAUCAUUACCUUUAUAUCUUCUUGAUUUAUUGUUCCUUUUCCUGGUGUAUAUAUAUAUUAAAAAUGAAAAAACCCAACUGAUUGCCUUUGAGUCCAUUCUGACUCAGUGACCCCAUAGGACAGAGUAGAACUGCCCCACAGGGUUUCCAAGGCUGUAAAUCUUUAUGGAAGCAGACUGCCCCAUCUUUCUCCUGCAGAGAGGCUGGUGGAUUUGAAGUUGUCAAGGAUUUUAUUUUACUUAGAUCUACAAUCAAUGCCCAUGGAAGCAGCAGUCAGAAAAUCAAAUGAUGUAUUGCAUUGGGCAAACCUGCUGCAAAAGACUUCUUUUAAAAAAGCAGAGAUACCACUCUGAGGACUAAGGUGCACCUGACCCAAGUAUGGUAUUUUCAGUCAUCUCAUAUGCCCCCAAAACCUGGACAAUGAAUAAGGAAGAACGAAGAAGAAAUGCUGCCUUUGAAUUAUGGGGUUGGUGAAGAAUAUUGAAUAUACCAUGGAUUUCCAGAUAGAACAAACAAGUCUAUCUUGGGAGAAGUACAGCCAGAAUUCCCCUUAGAAGCAACGAUGGCAAGACUUAGUCUCACAUACUUUGGACAUGCUAUCAGGAGGGACCAGUCCGUGGAGAAGGACAUGAUGCUUGGUAAGGCAGAGUGUCAGCGAAAAAGAGGAAGACCCUCAGCGAGACGGAUUGACACAGGGCUGCAACAAUGGACUCACACCAGGGCUUUGGACAGAAUCUUCCCUGUUCAGUCAUGACUAACCAAAUAGAACCAGAAUGGACCUGAAUUUGUAAAAUGUGGGUAUAAUGGAAUGAUAACCUGAAUGGGAAAAAUUAUGAGUCAGUGCCCUGCUAGAAACUUAAUCUCUCUCUUAGAAAACAGGAGCAGCGUGUGCAUCGCAUAGCAACCAAAUCUCUUGACUCCCAAAGUCAUAAACAAUAGUGCCCCGGCUCUAAGGUGGCAGCUGACCGCACUGCUUUGAAUGUGUGUCUGCUCUCCUCAGUUCUGACAAUAAUCCAGUCUCCCUCAACAGGGAGUCCUCAUCAGGGCUCAGUACUCCUCCUCCGAGUCUCCCAUUCCAGGGCUUUGAUUCUUAAUUUUUCCUUUCCUGUUAUCAUUCCUGAAUACCCAUAUUUUACAAAUUGGAAUGUGUUUCGAUUUCACUGUGUCAGCCAUUACUGAACCAGUUUGAACCAUUUCAGAGCCUUGGCUCAAACAUAGCAAUGAUUGUGAGGAUGGCACAGGACCGGGCGGUGUUUCGUUCUAUUGUACAUGGGGUCAGUAUGGGUCAGAACUGACUUAAAGGCACCUAACAACAACAACAACAGCAACAUAUAUAUAUAGGUAGAGAGAGAGAGAGAGAGAGCCUUCCUUUGUCCUUUGUGAUGUUUUUCACAUUGAAUUCUAUUUGCUUCGAUAUUAAAUUACUCCCUUUUUUUUUUCCCCAGUUUACCUGAUUACAGCUUUUUUUAUUCCAUUAUUUCCAACCUUUUGCUUCCGUGUCCUUUUGCUUUAAAUGUCUCUUGUAGAUACAUGAUACAGUUUCUUGUUUUUUAAACCCAGGUUGAGAGUUUGUCUUUGGUCAAUAAAUAUAACUGGUGUUCCCUUAUGGCAGUUAUGAUUAUAUUAGGACUUGUAUCUGCCAUCUUUGUGUUUUCGAUUUACCGUUAUUUCUUUUGUCUCUUGUAAUGCUGUGUUGAGUUGAAUUUUCCUCCACUGGGUUUUGAAGUUGUGCAGUCUAUUUUAUUGUUCUGAAGUUCAGGCUCUGGAUUAUUCUUGAAGUUAUUAAGACCCUUGUGUUUAUUUUUUCCUAUCAGUUUCUAAUGCUUAUUAGUAUCUCUGUCUUUCCGUCAAACCAGUUAAGUGAUGACUAUGUUUCCUUGUUUUGUUGCUGUUGUCUGUAGUGGUAGACUACAGUGAUGCCAUCAGUGGUACCAUCUAGAACUGUAUUCCCUAGGCAAACAGAGUCAGUAUUAUAUGAGAAUUUGGUAGAAAUGCGAAGUUUUGUGCCUCAUGGCUAAGACCUACUGAAUGAAAAACUCCCAUUAAUCUAUGUUUUUAACAAGCCCUCCAGAAGAUACUGAUGCAUGAUAAAAUUUGAGAACCACUGGUCUAGAAUUUUGCUCUUGAUUGGUUUUAUUUCUCUAUAUAUCUGUAUAUAUGUGUAGGUUUGCUUUUAACUUUUGUAUGUUUUUCUUGUGGUUUAUUUAAAUAAUAGGUUUUUCUCACUCUCCCCAUAUGUCAUUUUUUAUUUUCAGGAUUAUUUUCUUUCCUUUCUAGAGUAUUUCUAAUCAGUGCAUUUAAAGAGGGCUAAAGUUUAUCUGUUAUAAACUUUCUGAGACCUUAAGAGACUGAAAAUCUACUGUUCCACUCUCAUAUUUAAAUGGUAAUUUAGCUGGAUAUAAAAUUCUUCGACAUGAAAAUUAUAACCUUGUUUUCAUUUUGCAUAGAGAUUUGUGGCUGAGAAAUAUGUUUCUUUGUAGGUAGUCUGAUUUUUCUUUUUAUCCUUUUCUUUGUUCUUAAAUAUCACCCUAAUAUACCUAAAUAUAGGGUCACUAUGAGUCAGAAUUGACUCGAUGGAAGUGGGUUUGGAUUUUUCAUACCUAAAGGUGGAUUUUUGUUUCCUUACCUAUCUUAUUUGCCGCUUUAUGAGUCCUUUCAUUCUGAUCUUAUAUUUUUCUUUAAUUCUGGGAAAUUUUCAAACAUUUAUUCAAAUAUUUUCUCCCUUUCUCUGACUCCUACUGUACAGCUGUUGACACUUCUGUUUUGUGUUUUUCUUGAUUUUAGCCUCCCUCUUUUCAUCUCUGUCCUUCUAGGAGAGCCCCUUACCUUGUUCUUCCAGCUUAUUUAUUGAUUUCUGUUUCAGCUGUAACUCACGCCUGGAGUUUUUUAUGUCAACAAUUAUAUUGUUCAUACUCUCUCCAAUUUGUUGUUCUUCGGACUGCUGAUUCCUAUUUCCUGCUUCUACCAGCCUCUCUCUUCACUCGGAUGGUAUUAACUGUGCCCAUUUUAAGUUUGUGUGCAGUCAGGUUCAUUAACUCUGCUUUCUUUGUGUAGGUUGCUUGAUUCGUUGGUUUAUGUAUUCUGGUUCUUGCUUUCCUCCUGGUUAUUUUUUCCCUGUGAGUUGGUAGUCCCCAAGGCCUAAGCCCUAGGGAAUCAACUAUUUUAGCUGAUCACAGGCUCUUGGGGGGAAGGGUUGAAGUUAGGCCACAGCUUCUCUGCCCAUAGAGGAGUUUGAUGGUGAAGGGGCUGCCUCAGGGUAGAGGACUUUAGGUGGUGCAGUAAGGUCCCCCAGGGAACCCUCUGCCCAGUGCCUUGCCCCAGUCACAGCUGUUUUUCAAGAGCUGCUUACCUCUGUUGUUAAUGCCUAAGGGCAGAUUCUCAACCCUCCCUGGGCCUCACGAUCACCUGGUGGGGAGGUGGCACCUCACAUUCUGAUUCUGUUAUUCUGGGUGGGGCCCAGGCAUUGCAGAGUUUCUCAGGAUGAGAAUAUAUAGAUUAAACAGGACUGGCCAUGAAUAAAUAGAUAAUUGUUGAAGUGGGGAGAUGGGUCAAAGAGGUUCAUUAUGCUGUUUGUUUACAUCUGAAAUGCUAUUGGUGUACAGCUGAAUUUCUGAUUUGCUCCUGAUUAAGACCCACUGGCCCUAGCCCAUGGGGUGGGGAUAAAGGUGGGAGUACAUAGGAGAGGCUGAUUAGCCAGACCUGGGACUGGCUGCAAGGACAUUUAAAAUGACUCAUAGGCAUACAUUAUAUUUCAGUUGGACAGCGCUGUACUAAUCUAGGAAACCCUGGUAGCGUAGAGGUUAAGAGUUCAGCUGCUAACCAAAAGGUUGGCAGUUCGAAUCCACCAGGUGCUCCUUGAAAACCGUAUGGGGCAGUACUACCAUGUCCUCUAGGGUUGCUAUAAGUUGGAAUUGACUCGACGGCAGUGGGUUUGGUUUUUUUUGGUAUACUAAUCUAGGGAAACUCUGGUGGUUUAGUAAUUAAGUGCUACGGCUGCUAACCAAAAGGUCAGCAGUUCAAAUCCACCAGGCACUCCUUGGAAACCCUACAGUGCAGUUCUACUAUGUCCUCUAGGGUUGCUGUGAGUUGGAAUCAAUUUGACGGCAAUGGGUUUGGUUUUUGGGUUUUGGUAUACUAAUCUAGACCUUGCUAUUCAAAGUGGAAAUGCAGGACCUUAGCCCUUACCCCUGACCUAAAGCCUAUUGCAGAGUUGAUUCCCACUCAUAGCGACCCUGUAGAUCAAAGUAGAAGUGCUCCAUAGGAUUUCCAAGGAGCACAAAUCGGUUAAAAUUUACAUUUUUAUAAGAUCCUCAGGUGAGUCAUAUUUAAAGUUUGAGAAGCACUGGUCUAGAUCCUUUUAAAACAGAUGAUUGAUGUCAUCUAAUUCUUAUUUUAAUAGAGUGACCCCACCCUUGUCUUCCAAGUUGAGCUCCCCAGCACACUGGUAGCAACAGGUCACCUGAGCCUUGGAGAGGCACAUAGUCUGUGCACUUAAAAAAGGGAGGUUCCCAUGCCCUCACCUGAGCCUAUUUUAAACCUAGCUUCUUUUUUCACACAGUUCUACUUAUAUUGCCAAUCUGCAUUCAAACAGCAAACUGGAAGAAACGGGAGUUGCUAGGGGCAGGCGCACAGACAGUAGGUCCAACUUUUAGCUCCCUAGCAGUCGGCCAGAAAGACUAAAAAGUAUUGGGGUGGGCUAUUUGGUGUAGAGGUAGAUUCCCCUAUAUGUAGAUUGUUGAGGAAUGUAGGAAUUCACUAAAGAUUACAGCAUCGACAUUUAUUAUGAUUAGCCUGAGCUGCUAAGAGAUGACUAAAUUAUGUUUUGAUUAAUAUACCUACUACCACCAUCCGGUGGGGAAGGUGAUAUUUUCACCAACACCAUAGCAAAUGUCAGGGCCAAGAUUAAACACAAACACUUAACUUGUUUGGAAAAUGAACUUUUAGGGAGCCUUUCCUUCCCUCGGGAGCCCUGGUGCUGCAGUGGUUAAGUGCUCAGCUGCUAACUGAAAGAUUGGCGGUUUAGAUCCACCAGCCACUCCAUGGGAGAAAGACGUGACAGUCUGCUCACCUAAAGAUUACAGCCUUGGAAACCCUACGGGGCAGCUUUGCUCUGUCCUACAGGGUGACAAUGAGUCAGAAUUGACUUAAUGGCAAUAAGGUUUUUUUAUUUUGGGGUUUCCUUCCCUCAUUGUGCUGGAUGCAAGAUAUACUGUCACUUGGAAUUGGCUGCCUUUAUCGUAUGAGAAUAUGUGGCUAUAUAGAUGGCCUGCCUCUGGAUUUGCCCAGAACAACAAGCUGUCCACUCUCCUGGCAUGGUCGGGGUGGUCUGGUGCAGUGGUUGUGGUAGCUCUGGUCUUGACGGCAUUCCACUUUAGUAGGCUCUCUGCUCUUCCAUUUUAUUAGUGUGACUUUGGGCACUUAGUCUGCUUCCUCUGUAAAAUGAUUGUAAUAAAACCACUUAUUUUUAGGGGAGUCAAUAAGAUUGAGCUUAGGACAACCCAGCCCAGUGCCGUCGAGUCGAUUCUUGCCUGAUAUAUUACCCUAGAUAUGUUUUAGUCUCAAAAUGAAAAAGUCCAGUAAAGUCCUAUGGUGUCGGCAGCUCUCUAAGAGAGACCGCCUUCUAUCCAAAAGCUCCUAGCAGUCGUAACCCAGACUGCGGGGUCACCGUGUCCACACUGGGGUCUGGGCUGGCUAUGUCACUGGGGACGUACUGAUGCUGACUUGUUUACUGUUUUUAUUUCUUUUAUGCUUUUUCCAGAGAUUUUCCCCCAUUGAGUAGAAACAUCAGAUUACAUAUUUAAACCCAACUGGGUAUGCACAACCUAUUUUUAAGGCACAAGUCUGCCUCCUGGACGUGCGCAGCUUCCGCAUCAAAUGUUCAGUGGGCAAAUGAAAAACAGGGAACUUGAUGCCACCGCAACAGUAUUGGCUAACCGGCAAGAUGAAAGCGAGCAGUCUAGAAAGCGGCUUAUCGAGCAGAGCCGAGAGUUCAAGAAGAACACUCCAGAGGAUUUGCGCAAACAGGUAGCGCCACUGCUGAAGAGUUUCCAAGGGGAGAUUGAUGCACUAAGUAAAAGAAGUAAAGAGGCUGAGGCAGCCUUCUUGAAUGUCUACAAGAGAUUGAUUGAUGUUCCAGAUCCAGUGCCAGCCCUGGACCUCGGACAGCAGCUCCAGCUCAAAGUCCAGCGCAUGCAUGAUAUUGAAACGGAGAACCAGAAACUUAGGGAAACUCUGGAAGAAUACAACAAGGAAUUUGCUGAAGUGAAAAAUCAAGAGGUUACGAUAAAAGCACUUAAAGAGAAAAUCCGAGAAUAUGAACAGACUCUGAAGAACCAAGCCGAGACUAUAGCUCUCGAAAAGGAGCAAAAGUUACAAAAUGACUUUGCAGAAAAGGAGAGAAAGCUGCAGGAGACACAGAUGUCUACCACCUCAAAGCUGGAGGAAGCGGAACACAAGGUUCAGACUCUGCAAACAGCCCUGGAAAAAACUCGAACAGAAUUAUUUGACCUGAAAACCAAAUACGAUGAAGAAACUACUGCAAAGGCUGAUGAAAUUGAAAUGAUCAUGACGGACCUCGAAAGAGCAAAUCAGAGGGCAGAGGUGGCUCAGAGAGAGGCGGAGACCCUAAGGGAGCAGCUCUCGUCGGCCAACCACUCUCUCCAGCUGGCCUCACAGAUCCAGAAGGCUCCGGAUGUGGAGCAGGCCAUAGAGGUGCUGACCCGCUCCAGCCUGGAAGUUGAGUUGGCCGCCAAAGAGCGGGAGAUCGCCCAGCUUGUGGAGGACGUGCAGAGACUCCAGGCCAGCCUCACGAAGCUGCGCGAGAACUCGGCCAGCCAGAUCUCCCAGCUUGAGCAGCAGCUGAGUGCCAAGAACAGCACGCUCAAACAACUGGAAGAAAAACUCAAAGGGCAGGCUGACUAUGAAGAAGUGAAGAAAGAAUUAAAUAUUCUGAAAUCCAUGGAGUUUGCACCGUCUGAGGGAGCCGGGACACAGGACGCGUCCAAGCCCCUGGAGGUGCUGCUGCUGGAGAAGAACCGUUCGCUGCAGUCCGAGAACGCUGCGCUGCGCAUCUCCAACAGCGACCUGAGCGGGUCAGCCAGGAGAAAAGGGAAAGACCAGCCUGAGAGUCGGCGUCCUGGACCUUUGCCGGCCUCCCCUCCUUCUCAGUUGCCCCGCAACACGGGGGAGCAGGCUUCCAAUACUAACGGUACACACCAGUUCUCACCAGCGGGGUUAAGUCAAGACUUUUUCAGCUCAUCCCUGACAAGCCCCAGCCUACCCCUGGCUUCUACAGGAAAAUUUGCACUAAACUCUCUCCUCCAACGACAGCUAAUGCAGUCCUUCUACUCCAAGGCCAUGCAGGAAGCAGGAAGCACAAGCAUGAUUUUUUCAACAGGUCCAUACAGCACAAACUCCAUAUCUUCCCAAAGUCCAUUACAACAAAGCCCAGAUGUAAAUGGCAUGGCCCCGUCCCCCAGCCAAUCAGAAAGUGCUGGGAGCACCUCCGAGGGCGAGGAGAUAGACACGGCCGAGAUUGCCCGGCAGGUGAAAGAGCAGUUGAUCAAGCACAAUAUUGGACAGCGUAUUUUUGGACAUUAUGUCUUGGGACUGUCUCAAGGGUCCGUGAGUGAGAUUCUGGCCCGGCCCAAGCCGUGGAAUAAACUGACUGUGCGAGGCAAGGAACCAUUUCACAAGAUGAAGCAGUUUCUCUCUGACGAGCAGAACAUCUUGGCUCUCCGCAGCAUCCAAGGCAGACAAAGAGAGAAUCCAGGCCAGAGCCUGAACAGACUAUUUCAGGAAGUACCGAAACGAAGAAAUGGGUCUGAAGGUAAUAUCACCACCCGGAUCCGUGCCUCGGAGACCGGCUCCGAUGAAGCAAUCAAGUCCAUCCUGGAACAAGCCAAAAGGGAGCUGCAAGUGCAGAAAACUGCUGAGCCGGCCCAGCCGUCCUCUGCAUCCAGCAGUGGGAACUCUGACGACGCCAUCCGGUCCAUCCUGCAGCAAGCCCGCCGAGAGAUGGAGGCCCAGCAGGCCGCCCUCAACCCUGCCUUAAAACAAGAACCACUGUCCCAGACAGACAUCACCAUCCUGACCCCCAAGUUACUGUCCACCUCACCCAUGUCGUCGGUGUCCAGCUACUCACCCGUAGCCAUCUCCCUGAAGAAACCCUCCUCAGCUCCCGACCCCAGCAUCUCUGCCCUGCCGAACCCCUCAGCCAUCAAAAAGGAGCCCCAGGAUGCCCCCGGGCCGGAACUUCCGGGAGCAGCCGAUGCUGCCCAAGGGGUUCUGAGACACGUGAAAAACGAGUUAGGCCGCGGUGGCGUCUGGAAGGACCACUGGUGGAGCACGAUCCAGCCAGAGAGGAGGAGCACGGUUUCCUCCGAAGAAGUAAAGGUUGAAGAAGCCAGCAGCGGGAAAGAAAAAGCCAGCAGCAGCCAGGCACGGGCCGAGCGCAACCAGCUCCAGGGACCCUCCUCUUCGGAGUACUGGAAAGAAUGGCCCAACGCCGAGUCGCCAUACUCCCAGAGCUCAGAGCUGAGCCUCACUGGGGCCAGCCGCAGCGAGACACCCCAGAACAGCCCUCUGCCUUCCUCCCCAAUCGUGCCCAUGUCGAAGCCAUCCAAACCCUCGGUCCCCCCGCUGACCCCUGAGCAGUAUGAGAUUUACAUGUACCAGGAGGUGGACACCAUAGAGCUCACCCGGCAGGUGAAGGAGAAGCUGGCCAAGAACGGCAUUUGUCAACGGAUCUUCGGGGAGAAGGUGCUGGGCCUCUCCCAGGGCAGUGUCAGUGACAUGCUGUCCCGGCCGAAGCCAUGGAGCAAAUUGACCCAGAAAGGCCGAGAACCCUUCAUCCGGAUGCAGCUCUGGCUGAAUGGUGAGCUGGGCCAGGGCGUCCUUCCAGUCCAAGGGCAGCAACAAGGACCAGUCAUCCAGUCUGUGAUGUCACUCCAGGACCCCCUGCUGCAGGGCAGCGUGAGCUCAGAAAGCACUCCAAAGACCUCAGCCAGCUGCAGCCCUGCACCCGAAUCACCAAUGAGUUCUAGCGAAUCAGUGAAGAGUUUGACUGAACUGGUUCAGCAGCCAUGUCCCCCCAUUGAAACAAGUAAGGAGGGAAAACCACCCGAACCAAGCGAACCUCCAGCUUCAGACUCCCAGCCCACAACCCCACUGCCUCUCUCCGGACACUCAGCUCUCAGCAUUCAAGAAUUAGUAGCCAUGUCGCCAGAGCUAGACACCUAUGGCAUAACCAAGAGGGUCAAGGAGGUCCUGACAGACAACAACCUCGGCCAGCGCCUAUUUGGGGAGACCAUCUUAGGGCUCACCCAAGGCUCUGUCUCUGACCUCCUUGCUCGCCCAAAACCCUGGCACAAGCUCAGCCUGAAAGGACGGGAGCCCUUUGUCCGGAUGCAGCUGUGGCUGAAUGACCCUAACAACGUGGAAAAGCUGAUGGACAUGAAACGGAUGGAGAAGAAAGCCUACAUGAAGCGACGGCACAGCUCAGUCAGUGACAGCCAGCCCUGUGAGUCCCCCUCCGUUGGCAUCGACUACAGCCAGGGCGCCAGCCCCCAGCCCCAGCACCAGCUGAAGAAGCCCCGAGUGGUGCUGGCCCCUGAAGAGAAAGAAGCUCUGAAACGGGCAUAUCAGCAAAAGCCAUACCCGUCACCAAAAACCAUCGAAGAACUUGCCACCCAGCUCAACUUGAAAACCAGCACCGUCAUCAACUGGUUCCACAAUUACAGGUCCCGGAUCCGCAGAGAACUGUUCAUUGAGGAAAUUCAGGCCGGGAGCCAGGGCCAAACCGGGGCCAGCGACUCCCCGUCGGCCCGAAGCGGUAGGGCAGUGCCCAGCUCGGAGGGCGACAGCUGCGACGGCGUAGAGGCUGCAGAGGGCCCAGGCGCUGCGGACACCGAGGAGUCGGGCGGCCCCGCGGCCGCCGCCAAGUCUCAGGGAGGGCCGGCCGAGGCGGCCGCGGCCCCGGAGGAGCGCGAAGAGGCGCCGCGGCCGCCGGAGAAGGCGGAGCCGCCGCCCUCGGCGACCCAGGCCCCGGACGACGCCGACGACGAGGGCCAGUCAAGGGCUCCGCCGCCACCGCCGCCGCCAGAGGGCCCUGCGGACGGACCGGGGCCCGUGCCAAACCCUGCCGCCGACGCCGCUGCGCCCACGGCCGGGGAGGACGCCGCUACCUCAGCCGCCCCGGCCGCCGAGGGCCCCGGCCAGGCCCGGGAGGGCGCCGCGAGGAGUUCCGCUUUGCCAAGCACCAGCGCGCCGCCGCCCUGCGCCCGCCGGGCCAGCUCGCUGCAGAGCCUCUUCGGCCUCCCGGAGGCGGCGGGCGCCAGGGACUCGCGAGACAACCCCCUGAGGAAGAAGAAGGCCGCGAACUUGAACAGCAUAAUCCACCGCCUGGAGAAGGCCGCCAGCCGGGAGGAGCCCAUCGAAUGGGAGUUCUGAGAGGCCGCCGCCCGGCCGAGUCCGGCCGAGCCGGGCCGUCGGGCCAGUAGCCGGGAGGGGCGCGGCGACCCCAGGCCGGACGUGUUGCGCACUUACCGCCCUGCGGGCCACAGGGCAAAAUCGCCAUAGGCCAAGGUGCAUAUAGAAAACAAAGGAGCAUUAAGCCCAAUCUAUGUCGUGUUUUCAAGGAAGAAAACGGAAAUGUGUAGUCGAGCUUUUUUGUACCCUGAAGUGUUUUUUUUAUUGCCCUAAGUGAUUUCCACAGAUUCUGGAAUAACUCUUACAGCUUUGCCUUGCGCCCUCCUCUUUCGUGUGGGCUUAAAAAAAAAAAAAUCAAACCCACAUAUUAAAAGGGGGCUUUUUAUCUGCCAUCUAAUGGCUUCAGAGCGAUAAUACACUAUUAUCUUCUUAAACCAGGAAAAAAAAAAGUGGGGGGGGGGAUUUUUUCAGAAAAAUUAAAGAGUUUUUGUAGCUGUCCAGUUGCCACUAAGAGAUUGCACAGUCAAAGCGACUCUAAACACACUAGUUUGGAUUCCUAAAUAUUUUCAAGAAAAGAAUCUUCUCGUUUGAAAACUUUGAAUUAAAAUAAAACACAUUUACUCCACAUAUUUUUUAACAAGAAGAAAAGUCACAUCAGGAAAAUAUCUGAUUUUGUGGUAGCUGACGUAGUGUUUUCUUGUACAUGAAUAGAAUCCUGACAUGUAGUGCACAUUGAUCCAUAGCUUUAACUGACUCUGGGCUUUUGCUGACCAGGGUUUGUUUAAUACACUCCAUUCUAGGCCAAAUCAGGACAAAAAGAAAAGAUCCGAAUCUAGGUAUUUUAUAAUCUGCUUUUUAACCUCUAACCGCAGAGCACGCUGAUCAGACCUCAUGUCUGGGAGGUUUGGGAGACAAGUUAGAACUGUAGCAUGUUCCUGUUCGUUUUGUGUAAUUUAUGGUGUCUACGUCUGUGUUCGUGCGCCUGCACAUGCGCAAGCAUUUAAAGACAGCAGGAAAGAGUCGGCCGGUAAGGUCCCAGCAGGCAGUUCUGGGGCCCUGUUUAGAACCUGGGGCCACAACGGGGUCCUGCCCCUUGUAGACAGCAGUCUUUCCUUGGCACAGAAGGCACCACACCUCACACCACUCUCCCGGGCGCCUGAUGGACUGAGCCCUACCAGGGGAAGAUGCUCCCUGGGCCUGGGCAGGGCUUGCACACACACUCUCUUUCCCUGGCUUCCCACCACAAGCACUGAUGACUAUGUUGAAGUCGUGGGAAGCUUCCUUCCCUGCAGAAGAGAGAACGUGGCAGUCUGGGCUCUGCACCCACCCUCACAGACAUGGCCCACACUUACACCAAAAUGUUGAUGCUCUUCACUUCCAGACCAGACCAUUUGCCCUUCAUUCAUUCUGCCUCUUGGAAAGUUCUUUUAUGCACAGUUUUAGGACAGUCUAAGUACAAAUCAAAAGUCUAACUUGUCUCUGAUUCCUCCUGUUGUCUAUGUGUAGAUGCGUGAGAAUAGAGGUGGAUGAGAGUGUGCGUGUGUGCGUGUGUGCAAUUUUAUACGUCUGUGUAUUUUCUUAAGUACCUGUGCACACAUAGAGUGCAUUACUGCCACCUUUUUUCAAUAAGCUGUUUUAUCAGUUAUGGCUUCUACAAGUUUGCUAAUUUAGACUCCUUUAUUGCCAUAUCUUUAAACUAACAAUAGAUGAUUUCGGUAUAUAUAUAUAUUUUUUUUUUUGCUUAUUUAUAGGUGCUGUAUUUUAUUAUCUGAUUGUUAGGAAGGGAUGAAAGGGGCAAAUAUUCUUUAGAGGGAUAGACUGCCGGCAGUAUUGGGUAUAAUUUACAAGAUGUAGUUGUCAUACUGUAUAUUACUGAUUGAAAACUUUUUGACCGUAUCGUGUAUCAUUGAAACCUUUUGUCUUAGGUCAACAUCUUUGGAUGACAUUUUAAUGGUGCAUUCAUUAUUUCUUAAGUUUAAUUAAUAUUACUUUUUUUGAUUUGGGGGGGUGGGAGGGAGUUAUAAUUUUCAAGGUAUGCUCCCGCUUUUACACCUCAGUGUGCUUGUAUUAAUUAACUUGUAGGCCUUUGACUGUAAGAUGUGAAACCACGUUUCUUGCAUGAUAUUUUAGAAAUUACGUAUUUCAUUUACAGUCUUUUUAACCUGCAACUGCAGCACUUAAUUCAAGAUUUCACAAAUUUUAAGAGUCACUACACUAAAGACAAUGCCUUUUCAUGAAUACGAAGUUUCCAGAAGGCUCUAGGAGGCUGGGAGGCAGGCCGUUUGGUUGGGAUGGUUGCAUUAUCUCAACUUGAAACCUGGUUCAGUGAAAACAGAAUUCAAACUGGAGGAUUGUAAGGAAAAGUGGGUUACCAUCUGGCUCAGUUCAGGUGCGUGCAAAAGAGCGAGUUCACGUUAGUGACCCUUAGGACAGUGAGUAGCAGAACCGCAGACAGUACUGUGGUGUCCUCUCCACGAAAACCUCGAGGGAUUUGUGUCAUCGUGUGUGAUGAAGCUCUAAACAUCAUUAGAAUGAAAAGAAGGAAGUUAGCGGGAAACAUUAGGGCAGUGUUUUUAGUUUUAAAGGCAUAACUGUUAUUUACAAAGGUGUUAAAUCUGAGAAAAUUGAGGCAUAUAGAUUUGCCCAUCCUAGUGGCCAAAUAGUAACAGUCCAAAAGAGCCACUUUGGCUCUUCCAAGCAAUUGAAUCGUUUUUGUUGUUGUUCUGUUUUUUUGUUUUGUUUUUUUUUUAAGCCAGAGGAGUUGGUGGUUGUUGAUGUCCAUUCUGUCUUUUUUGCCAGACUUACAUCAGAGUGCUUGAUACAAUCAGUUGGUUAAAUUUUUGCUUAUGGUUCUGUGUUUGUAUUUUUUCUCGAUUAUUUAUUUAUUUUUAUUUUUUCUUUUGUGCGAUCCCAAUCUCAUGAUCUCUUGUGUUGAGUUUUCACUGUCUGUAAUACUUCUAAGAGCUGCCACUCAUAACAAACGUGGAGGGCGAGUGCCCCCCUCCUUGUUGGGCCCCUCAGUUUGAGUCUAAAGGUUGAUCUGUCUUCUUGAUAAGCAAUAUUCAAGUGCCUUGAAAAGCAUCCUCUUGUGGUUUACUUUCCACUGGCUGUCGUUCCAAACAGUAACUCCUGCAGGCAGCAGACCCUCCUCUCUUUACGCUCUAUCAGCUUCAAAAGCUGAUUUGUACCUCUCCCCUGGGGGGGAACGGUUCCGUCUAAAACACUAACGCUUAAUUACAAGCUCCAUUAUACCAUUUUAAAUGGCCUCUUUUUGUUAAUUGGAGGCAGUGUUCAUAACUCUGGAGUUAAGGCUUUUGCCAUUACUUAGCUAGCUAAGUGGAGACUCAGCAUAAAAUCAGUGUUCACAUUUAGCCUCUUGGCCCUUGGGUCCUGCCUGAGUCCUCUGGUGGUGUCUGAGGUAGAGGGUGUGUGGGUUCUGUCCAAGACCCCAUCCUUGCUCACUUCUAUCCUAGAAAAGGGAGUCUUCUCCCCAUCUAGCUUCCAGGUAGCCUCCUCUCUCAGACUUCUGAAUCAGUCAGGAUAUCUGCGAUUUGUUCGCCAGACCUCUCUUGUUGAAAAAGGAUUACCAUGGCCAGUUAGCACACCUCGGUGAUGCUCAUCACCAGGCUGAACUAAGGCUACCUGAGGAACCCCACGGCCCUGAGGAGGCUAGAUCAUCAUCUCCUGGGGCCGGAUCGGGCAGACUGUUCCAGGACACAGGUUGAGAGAAGUCUCCGAGAAAUGCCAGGACCUUGACCUGAAUGAUGACUAUCAAACCGUGGCCACUAUGUCUGGGAAAAUCAGUGAGGCAAGAGAUACAGUUUAUGGCCUCCCCGGAAUAGUUCCUUGUCCUUCCCAAGCACAGCUGCCUCCCUGCCCAGUUUCCUUCCUGUUGGCGUCUUUGUUUUCUCCCCCCAUUUAAAAACUCUCCUGUCAAAUGUGGACAUUCAGGUCUGCUGGUUGGUGUUAAAAAGCUUCGGGGUGAAAUUUCCUCUGUGUUCUCUCUGUGGCCUGAACAGACUCCACACACACACACACACACACACACGCCCAGACAGCCAGCUCUAGGCGGAAGGAAACAGUCCACCCAAGCUCUCCCACCCGAUCUGCCUCCCAGCCAGGGCCAUGUCAGUCAGGCAGCUCACAAGCAAACCAAGGAGGCAGGUUGUGCUCUAAUCAGAAGGGAAAGCUCUGCGCCUUGGCCAACUGUCCCGAGGUGGGGAAUCAAUCACGCCCUGGGAGAGAUCAGAGCAAAAGUGUAAGUGACCGGGUGAGCGCAGGCAGGUGCCUCCCCGUGAAGGCUGCUCUGGAUUCCUUCGUUCCGCCUGAACUCGCGUUCUUUGAUACAGGGGUGAUUAAUGAACUCUGACAUUCUAUGCAAUGUUUUUCAUUCCUCUGAUUUUAGAAAAACUAAUCUCACUGAAUUAGCAGAGGAACCAAGGAGAAUAUACCCAUGUCCUUCUGGGAUCAGCACAAAGUAAAAUGGUGAUAAUGACUUACUGAAUUUUGAGCCAGUGAACGACAGUCUUUGCCUUAAAUGCAAUAUGACAGGCGCCUCUUGGCAGGCCUAUCAAAACAAAAGGCUGCCCUUCCGUCAUUCCAAGCCCCCACUCUUGAGGCCAGUGAGCCAGCUGUGUGGGGGAAGUGGAGCCAUGCAAGGUUCCAGGAAUGUGUGGGAAGCACGGUGGGUUGUUAUCGGCAUUACUUUAGGCUGGAGAUUUGGCUCCUGCUGAGGAGAGGGGGCUCCCCUGCUCCUCCCUGGAUGUCCUCCAUGUCUUCACACUCCUCAUGUGUUCCCUUCUACCUCACUGACCUGUGUUCUUCAGCUGACAACACUCCACACCUCCCACUCCUCAGAACCAUGAGGCAAGUGGGCUGAAGGGGGAUGAAAGGCUAGAAGUGCGGCAAAUGGGAGUAUAUCUUGGCCUGGUAAAUUUUUUUUUUUUUUUUUCUCUGCUGUGAAUACCGUGUGGACAGACAACUGUGCUCUUGGGUUUUUUUUCUUGGCUUCCACCUGUUUCUGAAGCUCUAGCAGCUGUUUCCUGAGGUCUGGGGUCUUUGGUCUGCUUUGCUUUCUGUCCAUUCCUGCUCAGCUGUUAAGAUCCAUCACAGCCAUUCCCCUUGCCCUGAGCUGCCCCAAACUGGCCACAUGAGGACACCUCCCCAGGAUUCCUGCCUGGUGAUAGUGACUCUGCAGUUAUUGUUGUCUCUAGCUGGCACCGGGGGUUGCGAUUUUUAGUGCCAUUGUGAGCUCUCCUUUGGAAGCCUCUAAAGGACGGAAGAGGAUCUGACUUUGUCCAGCCUGCAUGCCUGGUCUUCAAUCACAUGAGCUUUUCUUUCAAGAAGAAUGUUGCAGUUACCAUCCAGUGCCCAAGAAAGCCAGCUCCCGGGGCUGCUGGUUGGAUGUGGCCAAGGUGGUCUCCUGGUACAGAGAGUUUGGGAGUGGGGCUUCAUGAUUUUGUCAUCAUGUCGUGCUUGGGCAAAAGCUCACCCUUAGAAAUUCACCCCCAAUUCUCCCGCAGUUUCAUUUGGGCCUGAUGACAUUAAGGAAGCCUUCAUGGCCCCCAAGGCCCUGAGCAGCAAGGUGGGGGCAUGGGACUUUCUAACAUUAUGUAGUUCAAUCUCCAGGUGCAUUCAAUGCCAGUCUGGCCAGCACACUUGCAUGCUUGGAGAAUAGUACAAUUUGACAACAUUUUUAUUCCCAUUCUGCCUUUUGAAAUAUAAAACCACCAGGAAAAGAAGGGAAAACAAGCUCCCAAUUAAAGUUCCAAAAAGAUCCAGCCUGUGAAACAGAGAGAUGUGCUGAAAGCCAAGGACAAAACUCUCAGCAGGAAUCAGGUCAGAAGAGAGGGGGCAUUGGAGCAUGCAUCCAGCAUAACCCAAACUGAGUUCCGGCCCUGCUCCUGGGCUCUUCCUGACCCCGGAAGCCCCAG